AUGUACGAUUUGAACGUGCCGUGGCCCCUGCUGUCAUAUACAGCGCCGCCGCUGGCCGCUCAGAUGACUAACCUAUGCAACACUUUGGCCAUGCUCUACUCGCUUGGCUAUAGGUAUAUUGCCAUCAACUUUGUUGUGCAAGAAACUGUGAAGCUUCCGUUGAAUAAUCCUGAUAAACUCAAUCCUAUACCGAUUGAGACGCUUCGAAAAAAAAUGAGCAAGUAUGAGGGGCUCCGUUUGUUUACGAGAAUCACGUUGGUGAUCACGGAUCCGGCGAAGUGCCAGAGCAUUCUGAAGCUUAAUGCCUCCUUUGCGUUUGACCUUAUCUCGGCGCAGCCAACUACAGAGAAGGCCCUUCAGCUCACGACAACAAACCUAGAUAUUGAUAUUGUUUCAUUGCCAAUGGCAGCACGAUUGCCGUUUUUUGUAAAACACAAGACGGUGGGCCAGGCGUUGGAAAAAGGCAUGAAGUUCGAGAUCUGCUACCUGGGGCUUAUAUCUGGGCCGGCCAUGUACGAGCUGUCCUUGGUAUUGGGUACCACUGGCCAUUUGAGCAGGAAGAACUUCAUUGGUAACGUACUUCAAGUAAUAAGAGCCAGCAGGAACCGAGGACUUGUAUUUUCCAGCGGUGCUCUGGAACCAAUGCAUGCACGCAACUACAGCGACAUUUUGGCAAUCAUGGAUACGCUAGGAUUAAAAGUUUCCAACGGAAAAGAUGGUUUUGUGAGAAAUCCAGAGUUGGCACUCAUGGCUGGGCGCCUUAGAAUUAAGUCGAACAAGCAGACAGUGAUGAUAGGUAACCAGGGUGGAGCUGAGAGAGCCUCUGCGGCCAUCAUCGACGAAAUCACACCCAAAAAGUUAGAGUCUACAAAAAGAAGCAAGAACGACCCCGACACUGCCCCUGCCAAGCGCAGGAAGCAGUGA